AGUUAUUCUGUCUCACGUCCCAACCCGUUUGGUUUCCUCAUGGGGAAGUGAAUUGACCUCUUCUUGUGGCUGGUGGGCUUCCAAUCUCCUCAUACAGAUAAAUACACGGACUUGAACGUGUUGUUUUGUUCGGAGCGGAACGUGUAUUUAACGCCAGAGGACUCCGGUCAGUGUCCUCCUCUCCAGCGGUGUCGGUCGGACAUGUUCAGCUAAGGGCGGGGAAGCAGGACAUUGAACGUAGCACAGAUGUUGAUGAAGAAGAGAGGCCACGCGUGUCUGAUCGCCUCCAGUAUGGGCUCGCUGGUCGUGUUGAUGAUGGUGCUGUACGGGACCAUCGGCUCCCAGUCCGGCAGCGGCUCCAGCCUCAGACGGGACUACCAGCUGCUGGGCAGACCUCUGUACAAGCUGGACCUGGGCUGGCCCCGGAACCCGGAGCUCUUCACCGGGGACGUGUUUGCUGUGGCAGUCGACCAGUAUGCUGGUGUUGUGUAUGUGGCACAGAGAGGUGAUGGUGUGCCCAAGGUGCUGGUGUUCACUACAGAUGGAGAUUUCCUCAUGUCCUGGAACACAACCACACUGGAGAUGCCUCAUGGGAUAUUUUUAGCAGAUGCAGCCUCAUCAAACCCCACUGUGUGGAUCACAGAUGUGGGGAAUGGCCCGUACGGCCACUGCAUCAAACAGUACUCACCAGCAGGGAAGCUCCUUCAGGUGCUUGGCACACGAGGGAAGCCAGGUUCUUCGUUGAACCCUCUGCAGUUCGACCAGCCAGCCGAGAUCUUCAUCCAUAGCUCCGGGGAAAUGUACAUUGUGGACGGUGAUGGUGGAAUGAACAACCGCCUCAUCAAGCUUUCUAAAGAUCGGCAGGUGUUGUGGAUGCAUGGAGAGGCAGGACAAGGCCUGGCUCAGUUCUACAUCCCCCACAGCGUGACUGUGGAUAACGCCCUGAGGGUGUGGGUGGCCGACAGGGGCAACAAGAGGAUCCAGGUCUUUAACUCCAUCACAGGAGACUGGCUUGGGACGUGGGGGAGCUGCUUCACGGAGGACGCGCCCUACUCUGUACGUCUGACCCCAGACCAGAAGUACUUUGUUGUUGUCCAGCUCAACACCAAUCAGAUUUCCCUGCUGGAUGCACCACCAGUGGGUUUAAUUGGCCAGUGCAAAGUGGUCAGUGUGAUCCAGCUGGCUGAUGAUGUGAAGCCCCACCUGGUCGACCUGGACCUAAAGACUGGAGCUCUGUAUGUGGCUGAGAUCGGAGCUCAGCAGGCUCAGAAAUUCACCCCCUUCAGUCUGGGUGGGAGAUUCCUGUAGAGCUGCACUGGGCUUUAAGUGAAGAAUUCUAAAUGGCAGAAUCAAUUUUGAAAACUGUGCCAAUUAUCAGAACGUAAUAAUUAACUUUAAAAUGGACAAAACAUUUUUGCACAAAUUAUAAUGUAAUUUGCAGUCAUGUGAACCCAGUUACCUGCAUGUCUUUGGACGGUGGGAGGAAGCAGAGUAGCUGGCACAGCCCACACAGACACAGAAUGAACAUGCAAAGUCCACACAAAUUUCAAAUGGUUCAGCUCACACCUAAUUUAAAUAUAGUGAAGUCAAAGACAGAGGCUCUUGUUUAUGGGCUUGUGGAGCCUGGUAGUCCAAGUCAAAAAUCCACCCACAGUGCAAGACUAUCAGAAUAAUACUAGACGUAUUUAAAGUAAACGUAAUCGGGACAGGUCCCCUGACUAAGCAUUUGCUGGUUUAAACAGUCCAUAAUAUUCAGUAUUUACUACUGCAGUGUAAUUCGAUGAGUGUUGUUGACACCAGUGACAACAAAGUAUUUAUUUGACAGGAAAAUAAUGUUUAUUGUUUAAUUCAGAUUCCAUCCUUUAGUUUUAGGAAAAUGCUCAUGUAAAGUUUGAAACAUAACGACUUCUACUAAAAUACAUGAAUAUGCAGGUAAAUAAAAGCAGGUUUCUCCACAACAAAUAAGGGCAUCAUGAUAUUGUUGUUCUUAUAAAUCAAUAGUUAUCAAUAAUUCCUAAAUGAGCAUAUGGUUGAUGGGUAUCUCAUUGUUUUUCUGCUUUUUUUGAAAGUUAUGUGCCAUUCUUAUUACUUUCCUUGACAUUGCACUGCUUGCAAGGCUCAGAGCUUCUCUUAAAGGGAUAGUUCACCCAAAAAUGAAAAUUCUCUCGAAACGGCGUCAGUUACACCAUGUUUUUAGCCUAAAUGUCGGCUGUCUAAUUUGAAUGUCGGGGCUUACAGACACUUGGACGACA